CGAGUCAUUUACCUGAAUAUCGCUAGCCUCAAGUUGAUCGAUCUAUUGCAAAUUGAGCUAGAAACGAAGCCAAUUCGAUGUUAUAGAAGCUUUGGUUGCUUGCCGCUGCUGCAAUGGCGGAGAUCUCUGAGUCUCCGUCACAACCUUCCGAAGAGAAGAGCCCACAGACACAGAUGUCGAAGCCACCCGAAUCCGAUCCCGGCUUCGACCCUAAGACCAUGCGAAAGACGAAACCUGGACUGAAGCGCCUUAUCCUCACUCUCUCUGUCCUCCUCUCCUUCAUCCUCGGAUUCCCUCUUCUGUGGAAAUCCAUCGAAAUCUACCGUGCCCCACUUCCGUUCCGGAGUAUUGAGUCAUUUUCAGCUCAAAUCGAGUCCAACCCGUUACUAUUUCCAUGCCAAUUCCAAGCAGUAUUUGUUGGCUUUGAUUCUAGGAGCUUCAGGGCAGAUGCGCUUGAAUCAGCGAUUAUGAAGAGAAUGUUUGAGUUCAACUCCAACGCUUCCCAAUGUGGCGCUUGUAGUGACAAUUAUACUGUAUCCGUGGUUGUGGAUUCCGGGUCCAACUAUGUGGAAACAGAGAAUCUGAAAUCUUCGUGCUCUUGGAAGUGUGGUACAAUCAAUAAAUUUGAUUCUUUUGGGAAGUUGAAGGAUAAUGACGAAGAGGCUGACGAAUUGCUGCAGUCUAUGCUAGGGGCUUGUUAUGAUUCUGUGUUUGGAGGGAAGGUUUAUAGUGUUAUUGUGGUGAACGCGGAGGAGCAAGUGAGAGCCGUGGUUGGGAAGUAUCGUCAUGCAUGGAUAACUGGAAGAAUUUCUGAGGAGGAGGCGGUGUCGAGGAUAGCAGAAAUCUUUGUUAGGGUGUUUGUUAACGGUGGAAAAGAAGAAGAUUCGAUUCAUGGAGAGUUCAUGCCUGUCGGUGCUGAUGGGAAGAUUGUUCUGUCUUUUAGUUUGCUCAAUGCAGACCCACGAGAUUGGAUAUAUGAUUGGAAUUUUCAUGAAGUAGACGAGGCUUUAUUGCACCCUGUGAUUGACGCUUUGCAACCUAUUGCAAAUGUAACAGUUGAAAGCCAGGUUUUAUACUACACGCCGAAGUCUUCAUUAUCUUUCUGGGAUGAUAAACAUGGCAGUCAUAUAUUUAGUACCAAGGACCUUCCUUUCUUUGUUAAUUCAAAUGAGUGGCACUUGGAUACUUCUGCUGCUGCUAGCGGGAGGUCAAAGAUAUUGCAAUUUGUGGUGUAUAUACCAUCUGCAAAAGAGUAUCCUCUUCAAUUGGUGCUUCCAAAUGGAGAGAUAUCUGAGACAAAUGGUUUUAUAUCACCGAUGUGGGGUGGUGUUGUUGUCUGGAAUCCCAAGAGCUGUGUAAAGGACUCAGAUACGAAGGAUAUAGCCAGGAAUAUGAUUUCUCCGAAGGAUCUCCAGAAGCUUUUUGAAGUUAUUAUGGGGCAGCUGCGGCAACUUUUUGGUCUUAAGUCCAGUAACCUCUAUGUUGGUCUAUCAGGGACAUCCAUCCUCCUUGGGAGUGAAAGAGGUUUCACAGAAUGGGAAUUGGAUGUUUUAUCUCGGCAACACACAUGCUUUAAUCUUCAUUCAUGUGCUACAACGCUUGGAUCUCUUUCUAGAUUGGUACAAUCGUUGCCUAGGAUGAUUAUCAAGGAUGAAAUUGGAAAACAGGUGAAAUUUUCUCUGGAGGCUGCAAAAUUGGCUCAAAAUAAUGCGUCUGUUGGUAUAUAUGAUGCUGCAGCUGUAUCCUCGAGGCAGUCAAGGUCUUUGGCAGAAGAUGCCUUUUUUCACCCAUCAAUCAUGUCAAUCAGCUAUUAUUCAUUUGAGCAUUGUUUUGCCGUCUAUUCGCCUUUCUUUCUUCCGGUUUUAAUGCAUGUAGUCCUGGCUGCUUUAAGAGAAUGGAAAAGAUACAAGCAAGAAAAUAGGAAGUACUUGGUAUGGAAGACCAGGGCAAAAAUUACAUCUUGAUCCCCAUGGCUUUCCACUGUUGAGUACGAUCUAGACGAGGGGUGAAGCAUUCUGACUGAUGUGAAUUCCUUCUCCUGAAGUUUUGCUUCUUUGUUGUGUUUAUAUAGAAAUUAGAUGUUUUCACGAAGACAUUUUUGGACCUAGCUAUAUUUCUGUCGACAAUUGAAUGUUGAAACGGUAAAUUUUGUUACACAUCAAAAGAUUUUGUCUGUUAACAAGAAA